AUGAGUCAACGUGAAACAGACGUGACCACAUUCACGACGGCUUCGGUUUUUCAGGCGAAAUCAAACCUCACGCGUUUGGCCUCUCGCCGACGCGCCUGGCCGUCUGACCAAGUCUUGUAUCGAUUGGGCAAGCGUAGGGCCAAAACUGAGCCGUCUUUUGAGGAGAGCGAGGAAGAGAGGGCGCGAGUGGACAGGCAAGCUUGCAUGUGA